AAAUACAUUGCAGUGAUCUUGCUCUCAUUCCUAUCCCACUGAUUUGUAUUUAGAAUUGAAAAGAAAGGGCUGAUUUGUAAGACACACACCCCGCGUCUUCUUUCUCCACACCUAAAAUAUUACAAACCUCUGUCAUCAGGGUAGAUCCUCAGAGAACACCAAUCAAUUUCUCAAGAAUUCGUUUAGCAUAUCCGGACGUUUUUUCCCCCCUUUCGUAAUUGCUAAGAGUUCACCAUUUUUGCCGCCAGAUGGUGCUGUGCUUCGGACAAACCUUAACGGCUCAGUCGGUUCGCUCCCACCACUGAGCGGAGGCUCCUGAACUCCCAACUUGACCGCCGCGAUUUAAUUUAGCUAGGCAGCUCCGGCAGCCCACGCCGAAGCCCGGCUUCCUCUUCGCUCCAGGAACAGCUGUUUUCUUCUUUUUUUUUUCCGCCUAGCGGUCAGCACGAGCUAUUCCGGACCCGAGGAGGGAGGAGGGCCCAUCAGUGCUGGCAACACAGCAGCCAGGCUGGGAUCACAUCUUCCAGGCGAAACCACCCAGCUGUGCUGAGCCCGAGCUGUGGACCCUUGGACCAGGAAGUGCUUGUGCAACCCACCCGCCUGGCGCCGGAGGGGCUGCCCUCUGCCCGAUUUCCUUGCUAGCUGGGAAAACAGCUGGGCCUUCACUUAUUGGACCUCUCAGCCAGCAGUAGGAUGGCUUCAGGUAGGGAAGACCCUUCGCUGUUUUGAAACAAAAAAUUCACGGAGGGCCGAGGUCCCGGCAGUUGCAGCCUGCACGUUCUCUCCCAGGGCCUUCCCACUGCCUGAAGCAUUUUCCUGUCGACCUACGGACCUCCAUGGAUGGCAAGUACAAAGAGCUUGCUGAGGAAGCAAGUAAGAGCUUGUUUACUUGGCAAUGGCAGGUCCUUGAUGUUGACAGAUCAGUGUGUCUACAGCAUACUGGAGAAGGCUUGCUCCUGGGUGUGGCCUUGAGUUUAUUAAUCAUUGAUGUGUUCUUUGAUGACCUGGACAAUGAGAAGCAGCAGUUGUAAGGAGUUGUUUUGUCACUCAUUGGCCGAAAGUGAAAUGCGCAGUGCUCCCUACGAAUUCCCAGAAGACAGCCCCAUCGAACAGUUAGAAGAGAGGCGCCAACGGUUGGAGCGGCAGAUAAGCCAGGAUGUGAAACUAGAACCUGACAUUUUACUCAGAGCCAAACAGGACUUCCUGAAAAUUGACAGUGCUGCCGACCUACAAUUAUUUAAAGAACAGGGUGAAGACCUAGUAGAUUACCUUCCAAAAGAUCGAGAUGUAUUUUUGGACAGAGAAUUCCAGAGGGUCACCAUCUCUGGAGAAGAGACAUGUGGGGUGCCCUUCACAGACCUGUUGGAUGCUGCUAAAAGUGUGGUCAAGGCAUUAUUCAUUCGGGAGAAGUACAUGGGGCUUUCUCUGCAAAGCUUCUGUAAAACCACAGCACGAUUCCUGCAGGAUCUUUCAGAAAAACCCUUAGCCCCCAGGAUGUAUGAAGAGAUCCCUGAGACUCCUGUGGCUGCAGAUGCUCCAGUGCAUCCUCCAUUUGCAAACCAGCAUCCUUACGAGAAAUGUGAUCCUGAAUCAAUGCCUGGAGAUCUUGGCUUUGGCCUCAGGAUGGUCAAUGGAGUAGUUCAUGUGUACACCAAGCAGGAUAUCGCUGACAAGAGCACUGAACUGGACUUGCCUUAUCCUGACCUGCAGGAGUUUGUGGCUGACAUGAAUGUUCUGAUGGCUCUGAUCAUCAACGGCCCCAUAAAAUCCUUCUGCUAUAGAAGACUUCAAUACUUAAGUUCAAAGUUCCAGAUGCAUGUCCUGCUCAAUGAGAUGAAAGAGCUAGCAGCUCAGAAAAAGGUGCCACAUCGUGACUUCUACAACAUUCGAAAGGUGGACACACACAUCCAUGCCUCAUCCUGCAUGAAUCAGAAGCAUCUGCUACGCUUCAUCAAACGGGCUAUGAAGAAACACCUGGAGGAAAUCGUUCAUGUGGAAAAGGGCAAGGAGCAAACCCUUAAAGAGGUCUUUGAGACCAUGAAUCUCACAGCGUACGAUCUGAGUGUGGACACCCUCGAUGUCCAUGCGGAUCGUAACACCUUUCAUCGAUUUGAUAAGUUCAAUGCCAAAUACAACCCCAUAGGAGAGUCUGUUCUGCGGGAGAUUUUCAUUAAAACAGACAACCGAGUCUCUGGAAAAUACUUUGCUCAUAUUAUCAAGGAAGUAAUGUUUGACCUAGAAGAGAGCAAAUAUCAGAAUGCAGAACUGCGACUGUCUAUCUACGGCCGAGCACGGGAUGAGUGGGAUAAGUUAGCCAAGUGGGCUGUUACCCACCGAGUGCAUUCCAACAAUGUACGCUGGCUGGUGCAGGUGCCUCGGCUAUUUGACGUAUACAAAACAAAGAAACAGUUGGCCAACUUUCAGGAGAUGUUGGAGAACAUUUUCUUACCUCUCUUUGAAGCCACCAUCAAUCCUGCUAGCCACCCAGAAUUGCAUCUCUUCUUGGAGCAUGUGGAUGGUUUUGAUAGCGUAGACGAUGAAUCCAAGCCAGAACACCAUAUCUUCAACAUGGACAGUCCCUUACCUGGCAAUUGGAUGGAAGAAGAUAACCCACCAUAUUCCUAUUACCUUUAUUACACCUAUGCUAAUAUGGUGGUGUUGAAUCAUCUGCGUAGGAAGAGGGGCUUUCACACCUUCGUGCUGCGACCUCACUGUGGGGAGGCCGGACCCAUCCAUCAUCUUGUGUCGGGUUUCAUGCUGUCAGAAAACAUAUCUCAUGGCCUCCUUCUCCGCAAGGCACCGGUGCUGCAGUAUCUCUACUACCUGGCUCAGAUUGGCAUUGCUAUGUCUCCACUUAGCAAUAACAGCCUGUUCUUAAGCUACCAUCGUAAUCCGCUACCUGAGUAUCUAUCACGGGGCCUCAUGGUCUCCCUGUCCACAGACGACCCCCUGCAGUUCCAUUUCACUAAGGAACCCUUGAUGGAAGAGUACAGCAUUGCCACACAGGUUUGGAAGCUCAGUUCCUGCGAUAUGUGUGAACUUGCACGGAACAGUGUGCUCAUGAGUGGCUUCUCCCACAAGGUGAAGAGCUACUGGCUUGGACCCAACUACCUGAAGGAGGGGCCAGAAGGCAAUGACAUCCGUCGUACCAAUGUGCCAGAUAUCCGGGUAGCCUAUCGCUAUGAGACACUUUCCCAGGAACUGACUCUCAUCACCCAGGCUGUGCAGACAGAGAUGCUGGAGACCAUCCAGGAAGAAGACCUUCUGACUAUGAGCUCUAUCCGGGAUACUUGCUGAAAGAGACUCAUUCAUAAUCGGUCUCCCUUUAAGCCCCACACUGGCUCGACAAGCUGCGUCUGUUAUGUGAGCGCAAAGAGAGCCUGAUCAUCCACCUCCCUCAUCCCAGAGACUUUUCUACUUUCCCGUUGUGUAUGUGUAUGUGUGUGUGUGUGUUUUCUUCGGUAUCUCUUGGAAAUGUUUCCAUGAUUUCUUUGCACUUGGUAAUCGGCUGGGGCUUCCUGGAAGAUGAAUAGUUAGAAGCGUCUCCAAGAUUCAGGCCCAGGAACCAAGGAAAGCAUCUGUAGUGUGAAUGGAAAGGCUGGUCAGAUUGUUUGAGAGUCAAGGCCAAAGAGGUAGAAAGGAACAUACGCCAGUUCAGUACAGAAUAAAUUCUGGAAGUCCUGACAUGUGAAUACAUUUGCCCGGUGGCAUCUCUACAUGUAUCCUGAGCAACAUCUGCCAGGGCCAAAGUCUUUUGGGGAUGCCUUGCUCUACCUUGCUUUUGUUUCAAGGGGUUCCCAUUGGCUGGUCAAGCAUCUCUGAGAGGCUGGAACCAGUCCUGCAGGGCAGAGCAUUGUGGUCAAUCCCACCAGGCAAGAGCCUCUAUUUUUCAGUGUUAAGCUCCAGCAUGGUGUUUUUCAACCUUGACUUUAACGCCCAGAAUUCCCCAGCCAGCAUGACAUCUUAAAGUCAUGACAUCUAGAUCAGGGGUCUCCAACCUUGGUCUCUUUAAGACUUGUGGACUUCAACUCC